UGUGGUUCAGAAAGAACCUGAAUCUCUGGAAGCCUCCAUUUGCCACAGACAGGGUGGCCAUGAGGGUCAGUGGUCAUAGAGCAGGUGCUCAAGUCUUGUUUUGUUUCCAGGCCCACAAUUGCAGCGUUUCUGAGCACGGAUAUGACUGUCACAGCCUGGGAGACCAACCUCACACCAACCAAUGGAAGUGAUCAGGCCUUUCAUCAAUAUGAUACAAAGUUCAUAAUCUUGCAAUUACUGACAGUCAUGGUGGCCCUGGUUGGGCUGGCAGGCAACACAGUGGUGCUCUGGCUCCUGGGCUUCCGCAUGCGCAGGAACGCCUUCUCUGUCUACAUCCUCAACCUGGCUGGAGCCGACUUCCUCUUUCUCAGCUGUUAUAUUAUACAAGCCCUAGAGACACUCAUCAGAAACUUCUCUCUCAUCUCCAUAUCCAUCCCGGACUUUUUCAUGAUUGUGUCCAUCUUUGCCUACAUCUCAGGCCUGAGCUUUCUCAGUGCCAUCAGCACGGAGCGCUGCAUGUCUAUCCUGUGGCCCAUCUGGUACCGCUGCCGCCGCCCCAGACACAUGUCCACUGUCAUGUGUGCCCUGCUCUGGGCCCUGUCCCUGCUGCUGAGCAUCCUGGAAGGGAACUACUGUGGCUACCUGAAUUGGAUUGUGCAUGAUUUUUGGUGCCCAGUGUUGGAUUUCAUCACUGUGUCAUGGCUGAUUUUGUUAUUUGUGCUUCUCUCUGAGUCCAGCCUGGCCCUGAUGACCAGACUGCUAUGUGGCUCCCUUCGGGUGCCGCUCACCAGGCUCUACGUGACCGUCAUGAUCACCGUGCUGGUCUUCCUCCUCUGUGGCCUACCCUUCGGCAUCUACUGGUUCCUCUUAUUCUGGUUAGAUGCCUUCCCUCAUCUUGACCAGUUUGUAGUAUUCCUGUCCUGUGUCAACAGCUGUGCCAACCCCAUCAUUUACUUCUUUGUUGGCUCCUUCAGGCAGCGAUGGUGGAAGCAGAGACACACCCUGAGACUGGUUCUCCAGAGGGCUCUGCAGGACACUCCUGAGGUGGAUGAACCUGGAGAAAGCCUUACUGGGGAAACCCUGGCCAUGUCGGGAGGCAGUCUGGGGCAGUGAUGAGAGCCUCUGUCCUGAUCAGUCUGAAAGAACUUUGAGACUCACUGCUGCCCUGCCAGGCUUGGAAAGUAGUAUUUAGUCUUCUCUCAGCCUCAGAAUGUGUCAGUGAUUCACCAAUCUCUUCAAAUAGGUUGUUUUUAAUCUGGCUUUUCUAGUUUUUCUCAGAGAAAGCAUUAGUCUGAAAGUUAUACCUCCCCAUCGUCCUUGACAUUACCAAUAAAUUUCUCAUGUGAUCUGAAUUUCCUUAUUGAAUGCUUUUCCUUUAAACUUCAUUGCAACAGAAAGAAUCCUUGUCUGAAUCAGACAAAUCCGGGUCU